UCCGCCGCGUGCUUGCUCAUAUUAUUCUUCUACGCUGCGACUGCCUGCCUCGUUGCCAGUGAGGGGCAACUGGUCGCUUCGUGAUUGUGUAUUACAUCAUACCCACUGACUCGUAUACAUUACCACCUUUCAUCCAUCCCAUCCUAUCCCAUCCUAGGUGCCGCACCAGGCCCGGGUUGCACCACCUUCACUCCCUACUCUUUCCUCUAGCCGAACUUGUGCGCCUCUGUGCCACUUGGACCCUGCCUAUUUGACCCGCCUACGUUCCCUCGCCUGAUCUGUCCGACAUCCUCACAAUCUUCCACCGCCCGUCCCAGAGCGAAUGAUUAGAUUCGACAUACCAGGACGAGUGCGGUAGAGCAGGAACGACUCAUCCCGAGCCACUUUGCUCCCUCGUUCCUGCCACAAUGGAUACCACCUUCAUCACCAUCCACGACCUCUCCGAUGACGCCCACAUCUUAUAUUCUUCCGAUUCUAUUGUCGACAUCCUCGGCCACACGCCCGAUGAGGUAGUCAAUCGGUCCGUGUGGCAAUUUUUUCAUCCAGAUGAACUUCCUCUGGCCAGGGCGCAUCACAGCCGGGGAGUGAGACUGGACAAGGCCGCUGUCUUGUCCUAUUGCCGCCUGAAGAAUCGCCAGGGGGAAUGGGUCGGUUGCGAAUGCUGCUUCUCCGUCGUCUACGAUGUCCUUGUCUGCUGCACUAGCAUCUAUAGACAUGGUAUGCAGAGCCAGAAACGUGCAGUCGAGGCUCCUAUAGUGCGCAAACUGUUCGCCUCGUCACCCAAGGACCCGCGCUACCACAUGUUAUCGCAUCUGUCUAGCAAGUUUGAUCUCGGCCCCGAUGAUCAGACUCAUGAGCCGCGAGCUGCCUUGUUCCUCAACAGGUUCACGCGAACCCUGACUGUCAUGUACGCAACCAGUGGCAUUGAGCAGAUUAUAGGUAUCUCUGGAGAGGCUAUGAAGGGACGCAGCUUCUAUUACUGCAUUGCUCCCAAUUGUCUUGAAGACGCUGUCCGCUGUCUGGAGUCGGCUAAAGGAAAUGACUCUAUCGCUUAUAUGCGCUUCUUUUUUCGCGACCCUCGACAGGACGACGCACCUGAUGUCUCCUCUUCUGAGAGCGAAGAUGAUAUCAUGACAGAUGUCACAUCCGACGAUGAGUCUGAGGGUGGAGUAGGUCUCGGCGGCCAUUCUACAUUCAACGGUACAGCCAGGCAUCCUUUAGACUCAAACCACACCACAGAUAACAGUGAGGAGCGGUCUGCGUCGCGCACCAAUUCUGGCGAUAACCGCAAUCCAAGCGACCCGCACCACGUCAUGUUUGGUGGUUCUGCGCCCCGCUCAUCGAUAUCCUCUGUCAGUUCGCCUCGUUCUGAGGUUCGCGACGAUCCUAUCGAACUCGAAGCUGUCAUAUCCUGUACUUCCGAUGGGCUGGUCGUGUGUCUACGACGUGCGCGCCCCAUGUUACCAGGCACAAUGCCUGUUGCCCAGCCAGCACAGCAAUACAAUGGCAUCUACGCCGCACCAUGGGCAACACAACCCGUGUUCCAUCCGGCUCCACAACAGAUGCCUCAAUAUCCUUUGGGCGCCCGACAUCCAGCCAUGGUGCAGGCAGGACCGUCCAUGGAAUUCCAGAACAACUUCAUGCAGAGCAUUCGCGACGUCGCCGUAUUUGCUUGGGCACUUACUGGCAUCAACGGCAGUCUCGUUGAUUAUGCUCGUGGUAAACCAAUAGGGGAGAGUCAGCCACCAGAGGGCUUCCCAGUCUGGAACCCUUUGCCAAACCCCGGAUUUGGCAAACAACUGUCUGCAGCACCAUCAGGUUAUGUGUCGGGGUCCAAUAGCUCGUCAAGCAAUGACCCAUUUGGAUUCGGCGACCCAGGUCUCCGCUGAGAGACCAGCUCCGCAUUUUGGCAUCUAACAGACCCAACAUCGAC